AUGGAAAUGGAUGAUGAACUACCAUCUGAAUCAACACGACGUUCAUCUUCUCAUCCCACUGUUCGGUCGAGCGGCAAAGCAUGCAAUUCAAAUUCAUCAAUUACUCCAUCAUCAAUUAAUAUAAACAAGAAAUUUAGAUCAGCAACCGUGAAAAAUACCACAAUUAAGAUAAAAUCUCCAGUAAUUCGUCAAAAAAGUGAUUUAAAAUAA